AAUAAGAAUAAAUAUGAAGAAAGUGAAGAUGGAUAUGAAGAAGAAAAUGAGUAUGAAGAUAAUAAUAAUGAGCAUAUGCAAGCUAUUAAGAAACAACGUACUAGUUUAUCAACAUCUACAUCUAUUCAAUCAGAAACAUUAGAACUACAAGAAAUUCACUCAAAUAUUAUUAGUAAUUGUUUAAUAUUAAGUGUUAUCUCUUGUAGUUCUAAUUUAGAUAAAAUUGAAAUAUACCCUGAGAAAUGCAAAGCAAGGCUUAAAAAUCAAACAAAAACUGCUAUGAUUGAGCCAGUUAAUAUUAAUCAUAUUAGAAAAUUAAUAAAAACAAUUAAAUUUCCAAAAUUUGAACCUAUAGAUUUAGAAGAAGCUAUAAAUAGACCAGUUAGUCCAUUAAGUUUCUUAAUUAAUUAUCAAACUUCUGAAAAUAAUAUUCUCAAAGGAAAUAAGUUGAAAGUUGCUAAAUUAUAUUCAGAUUUUCGAUUAUUAGAAAAAGGUCUUCCAGUAGUGGCUCCUUUUUUUGAUCCCAAUUCAGGUGUACAUAAGUCUGAAUACUAUAAAGAACUUAUUGAACAGUUAAAAAUUAUAGUGAUACAAGCUUCUACUACAAUUCUAACAACAUUUCAUUGUUCUUUAGUUAAGGGUGCAUUAGAUUUAGAUUCUUAUUUAGAAUCUUAUUUUAAACAAAAUAAUUCUGAGGAGCCUAAAUUAAUUCAAGAGCAAAUUAUAUCAUUAAGAAAAACACCAAGUGUUUUUAAUGAACAAUUAUUAAAUAAUAAAACAAAAACAAUUGAAGAACAAUUAGAAUUAUCUAAUAACUUAAUGAGUAAAUGUUAUACUUCUAUUAACAAUUUAGAUGUUUUAACAUAUACUUCAGAAGUAUCUAGAAGAACAUCUUUAAGAAAACUUUUUGAAUUUCAGCAGUCCUAUGUUUAUUUGAAGGAAUGGAUUGGAAUAUUAGCUAACUGGCAAAAAGGAACAAAAGCAGUAUCACAA